GCUGCCCGAGCCGCCCGAGCAGCCGUGCCGCCGCGCUCCGGUGCUUUUUUGUUUUGCUUUUUUAAACCCGCGGCACCCGCGCGCUCCCGACCCCCUGCCCGCUCGCGCGCAGGACCAGCCUCCUCCGCACCCGCAGGCCCGGCCGCGCGCGGUGCAGCCCCGGCGCGAGCGGCGAUGCGCCUCAUCCAGAACAUGUGCACCAUCGCCGAGUACCCCGCCCCGGGCAGCGCCGCCGCCGCCGACUGCUGCCUGGGAGCCGCGGGGCGCCGGCUGGUCAAAAUCGCCGUGGUGGGCGCCAGCGGCGUGGGCAAGACCGCUCUGGUGGUGCGGUUCCUCACCAAAAGAUUCAUUGGUGACUACGAAAGAAAUGCAGGUAACCUCUACACCAGACAAGUACAAAUAGAAGGCGAAACCCUGGCUAUUCAGGUUCAAGACACUCCAGGUAUUCAGGUCCAGGAAAACAGCUUGAGCUGCACGGAACAGCUGAAUAGGUGCAUCCGCUGGGCAGACGCCGUGGUGAUCGUGUUCUCCAUCACCGACUAUAAGAGCUACGAACUGAUUGGCCAGCUGCACCAGCACGUCCAGCAGCUCCACCUGGGCUCGAGGCUGCCCGUGGUGGUCGUGGCCAACAAAGCCGACCUGCUGCACAUCAAGCAGGUUGACCCUCAGCUCGGACUGCAGCUGGCCAACGUGCUGGGCUGCUCCUUCUACGAAGUGUCCGUCAGCGAAAAUUACAAUGAUGUCUACAAUGCUUUCCACGUCCUGUGCAAAGAAGUGAGUCAUAAGCAGCAGCCCAGCAAUACCCCAGAGAAGCGAAGAACCUCCCUCAUCCCUCGGCCCAAAUCACCCAACAUGCAGGACCUGAAGCGGAGGUUCAAGCAAGCCCUUUCCGCCAAAGUUCGGACUGUCACCUCGGUCUGAAGCGGGGGCCCUCUGGGCUGUGGUCUUCCCAGAAAGAGGGCCCGGGCUUCUCACUGUGAGGAACAUUGAAUGCUGGCAGUAAUUCAUGGUUCCAGAAAGGGCUGGAGCAGAGGGGCUGGACAGCCUAUGCCACUGCUGCAGAAAAAGAAGCGUGGUUUGGAGCAGGGGGAUGGAACUGAUGAGGCUUGAAAGAGCCCUCAGCCGCUCUCUGAAUAUGUGAAAUGUACUUACAGCCUUUCCUCUGGAGUGGGGAGGGGCAUAAUGGCUUUGGAUUUUGUUCUUACCUACCUUGUAAAUGCCCGUCAGUUGUAGUUUCACCAAAUAUAUUGAUGUGAUUUACAGUGGGAAUGAAAGGACAGGUUACACACCAGUUCCUUCCCCUCCCUUUUCUUCUACCUGGAGGAAGAGUUGCUUUUUCUCGUAUGAGUUACAUCUCUGGAAUACUGUUCCUUCUAGAAUAUCCUUCUAAUCUGAAGGAUACCCAGAUUUGUUUUUUUUUAAAGAACAAGGAGGAAAAUAAUCCCCCCACCCUCCAAAGUAGGCUGGAGUUCAUGGGUCAAAUGGUGUGUGUACAGCUUUUUUUAAGGCCUGCUGGAAGGAGCGGCUCCUGACAGGAGGAGUAUGUUUCGCUGGGCAUGUGUUGAGUGGUUAAGAACUCAAAAACUCUUCAACCCCAGAUUUUGAGUAAUUAUGAGCUUGUAUAUUAUUAUUUUUUUAAUUUGUAUCAGGUACCAAAAAAAAUGUGUUCAUUGAUUUUGGUGUGAUUUGUGUAAAUGGCUCAUGGUAAUGAUGUUGGGUUGCUCGAGGCCUGGCUGAGUCGUGGCCUUGGUGGCUGAAAUAUGAAAACACAGGGAAUGAGUCCAUGCAGAGGCCACCACCAAAUCCCCUACACAGAUGCACUUUAAAAAGCCACUCAUGCUUUGGCUUCGACUGUAAUUAAUUUAUUUUAUGUACAAUAAAUUUCAUUUUAAAAGAGCAGAUGUCUGACUUGGUCUUGACAGAAAUGCUCGCCUUCUGUCCUUCAGACAAAGUAUUACUCAGUACCUUGUACUUACUGGGCACGUUGAGUCAGGUAUCAUGUCUUCCUAGGGUUACCUCUUAAAUCUCAUAACCAGCCAAUGAGUGACGUUCAUUAUCCGCAUUUUACAGUGGAGGAAGCAGGCUUAAAAACACAUUAGGUAACUUGUCAAAGCCCAGGCCUGUGAGUGUUAGACAUUGUAAUUUGCAGCUUUACAUUCAAGAGUAGCUUGUCUGCUGUUCAUUUCCUUCAUCAUCCUCAGGGUAAAUCUAAGGCAAGUGUCUGGUUAUACAUUUAAUGCUGUUAAGACAUCUUUGAGCUAAGCCUUGGCGCUAUCACUGCUUUUACCCAAGAUUACUGCUUCUCUGUACGUGCCUUCCUUGGCAAACCUCUUUGUGUAUCCUGCUUUCAAAAAGUGCACUUUAUUUCCAUUGUAGAAGCUCACAGCCUUUGAUCUGGGCUGUUGAGGAGUCCCUCCCAGGGAGCUUCUGUCACAAGUGCAUGUGCUAAAAUGGCCAGAUCUCAUCUGCUUCCAUGGGGCCUGGGAGACCUUUCAUGCAGACUAAGUGAGUCACCAUCUUUAUGGGCAAAUAAUCACACCUUCUAUUUGAAUAGUGCUUUCACAUUCCUGAUCUCAUUUAAUCCUCAGGCUAACCCCGUGAGGAGCGUGGAGGAGGGGAGACUCCCGUUUUAUAGAUGAGAAAAACAGAUUCCAAGUUUUGAGUGAUGUCUUCAAGUUCACGCAAGACUUCAUAUCUUCUGACCAUAUUCGAUAUUCUUAAUUCCUUUACAAUAGUUCACAUAUACGAUACAGCUGCGUAUGUGAGGCCAAAAUAGCUAUUGAGGGGUCACUAGGAUAUGGGCAGGCUUUCUCAUCUGUUUUCCCAGAGUAAAUACCCUGCCUGCUCUCUUGAUAAGGCCUCUGAGGUAUCCCAAACCUUCCUUAUAUGGAGGGCAGUUUUCUACACUUCUGAGAAGUGGGUGUGCAUUGGGAACAAGGAGGGACCCCGUGAAACCAUGCUGACAGAUCCUAAAAACAUCUCGAGUGAUCACUAUUUCCUGCUUGAUUCUGCUCACUUGCUUCUGUUCAUUCUAGUUGGUUGUAUUUAAUGUCUAGUGAGUGAGAAGUUAAUCUUUAUGUAGCUAACAAUGGUCUUCUACCCAUGUUCUGGAAUUAAGGAAGAUACAGUGGUUUCCUGUGGGCUUUACCUUGCCAGGUGCUGAGCAGGGCUGCAAGUCCAUUUCGUCCUGGCACCUGCUUUCCCCCCCUCUACUCCCCUCUGCAGGCCUCUGGGCCCACACACCUCUGGCUUGCUGGCACUUUACAGUGUACCCUGUGUCCCCACCCAACCUCUCACACUUCACUUUAGAAGUUCAGGCUGGAGGGCAUCUUAGGGUCCUGGUCCAUCCAGAGGGAUCGAGAGGUUUGUUGAAGGCCCUUGGAAGAGAGAAAGCCCAUCUGGAAACCACCCCAAGCCCGGUUCUGUCUGUCUCAUACUGACUUGACUAUUUAUAGUCCUGGAACACACCAUGUUUUUUCCUUUUCUUUUGAAUUUAGCUUCAUGUAUCAUUACUUUUGCUCAUCCUUUGAUUAUUCCUAUCUCUUAUCCCUGAUUUUUUUGUUGUUUUGUUUUUAAUAUCUGAACUACCAACACAG